UCCUUCUUUCGCGCAUGCGUACGUCUCCUCCACUACGGCAGCCAGUAAACAACAUGGCUGUCGUUGGUUUCCGACAGUGGGCCCGAGUUCUUUCAAAAGGGCGAGGACCCGGCAUUUCAGGACUGCUGUCCGGAUCCAGGGCAGCCUCCGGUGCUGCCAAGGAUGACUUACCUGGCCCGUACCCGAAAACUCCAGAGGAGAGGGCUGCUGCAGCAAAGAAGUACAACAUGACGGUUGAGGACUAUGAGCCUCAUCCUGACAAUGGAGAGGGGUAUGGUGAUUAUCCAAAACUUCCAGACCGAUCACAGCAUGAGAGAGACCCCUGGUAUCAAUGGGACCACCCGGACCUGAGGAGGAACUGGGGGGAGCCGAUACAUUGGCAUUUCGACACGUUCAUCAGGAACCGUGUGGAUACAUCUCCCACACCAGCAUCCUGGUCCACCAUGUGCAAGCAGCUGUUCGGUUUCAUCGGCUUCAUGUUGUUCAUGUUCUACCUUGGGGAGAAAUUUCCCAGUUACCAAGCUGUUGCACCAAAGCAAUAUCCCUACAAUGACCUGUACUUGGAGAAAGGUGGAGAUCCUGAAAAACAGCCAGAAGAAGUCAAGCAUUAUGAAAUAUAAAUGCUAAAAUCCUAGUCUAUGUGUACAUAUAUUACUGUCAAGAAUAAAAUGCUAACAAUUA